UUGGUUGUUGGUGAUGGGGAAUGUGGAAAAACUAGUCUGCUGAUCGUGUUCAGUAAAGGUGUGUUUCCGCAACAAUACGUUCCAACCGUUUUUGACACGUUUGUCAAGGAUAUAGUGAUAGACAACAAAAGGAUGGAAAUGACCCUGUGGGACAGUGCCGGCCAAGAAAAUUACGAUCGGCUGAGAACCUUAUCCUAUCCGGAUACCGAUGUUAUCAUUUUGUGCUUUAGUAUUGCUUAUCCUGACAGUUUCGAGAACGUCCGCGACAAAUGGAUAAGUGAGAUAAAAGAGUUCUGUCCCGACACUCCCAUAAUUCUUGUUGGAUUAAAAAAGGAUCUCCGAGCUGAUCCAUCUGUAGUGCGCACACUCAGACAGAGGAGGCAGCAGCCCGUGAAAACGGAAGCUGGUCGUGCAAUGGCGAAAGACAUCAAAGCUGCUUGCUACCUCGAAUGCUCUGCCAAGUAUCAUGACGGCGUGACCGAAGUAUUCGAAGCUGCUGCGCGUGUGACACUACGAAAAGGAACGACAUGUACCACGUGUACCCUCUUGUGA